CAUAUCAGCACAUAUUUACACGAACAACACGCAAGAGAGUCAGUGUGUUGUUUCAACCUUUGCCAUUAUUCAUAUAAACGAUGUCUCAAAAUAUAUCAGAAAAAUCAGAAAUGCUCAAUGAAUUGGAUUGGAUUCAAAUACGCAAUGAAUUUUAUGAAAAUGACAACGUUGAAACAUUUAAAGAGAAAAUAAUACGCAAAACUGUGGAAAACCCUACAGUGCCCAUAGGUGUUUUGGCAACUGUAAGUGCUCUUUGUUAUGGUCUUUGGAAUUUUUCUACAGGAAAUGCCAAAAUGUCUCAAUAUAUGAUGCGUGCACGAGUAGGUGCACAGGCAUUCACUAUCUUUUCCGUGGUUGUUGGAUUUCUGAUUUCAACCAGAAAUCAAGAGUCAUAAAAACUUCGUCUGAAAAUUUUUGUUCAGAAUGAA